UGUGCAGCCCCACUGCGCUCACCUCACACACACGCUAAACCACGACAGGCGAAAAUGUGAGUGAAUCUAGCAUGCGACGUGAGAAUACACUCUGACCGUGCCGUAACACGCACUGACCGUGCCGUAACACGCACGGCUGUUCCGUGACUGACGACAGGGGGUCCGCGCACCAUGCCGAGGAGCGGUAGACACGCAGACGUUGUGUUGACAUCGACGGCGUUUGUCGAUGAGUAUCGUCAGUAGCAGCAGCUCGUACCUGAUCGCUCACCAGUACUGUGAAGAUGACGUCAGCGAUGGAUGGAUGGGUGACGUAAUCACGUGUGUUUCUUCGCGUGCGUGCUUGCGUGUGCGUGCGCGUGCGUGCGUGCGUGUGUGUCCCGUAGCUCGCGGCGUCCGGCUAGGGCAGGCACCGUGAUGUGCGAUGCGAGAAUGACAGGUAGUGAUGACGAGCGAUACGGCGCCAUAUUUGGGUCAUACGGUUUUUGUAUAUAGUCGGACGCCAUAUUUGGGUCAUCGGUGUGUCUCCUGUGCCGGACGUCGUGGAUCUUGACGCGAUCGGCGCACCAUCUAUGUUCGCCCGAUGAACGUCUGCUAGGAUGACGAUGCGCUCUCGUGUCUGACUACUGCUGUGGUCGUCACAGCCACUGCUUGCUAUCACACGAACCAGCUGUAGGAUAUAUUAUACAUCGUAGCUAUAGCAGUCGACGUGUUAUCACGGACAUGUGUGUUAGUAAGCGCUGUGUGGCGGCCGCUCGGCAGCGCCACCGUCUGCUGUGUCUGACCGCCAUGUUGCUAUGCUGCGUCGCCUGGUUACUGCUGCUGCGCUGGCAGAGCCGGCAUCUACACCAGGUGGCGCAUGACGGCGUCGCUCCAGCCGACGUCGGGAGAGGUGAUAUCUCAUCGUCUGCCGUUCCGCGUUAUAAUCCGAUUGUGGCGCCGCGAAGGAUGGAGUCCGGAUUGAGCGAAGUGCUCGGGUACGAUGGCGGAGCGUACGGUCACUCCGUGACGUCACCGCCGAGCAGAGAUCGCAGUAAAACGCGGAGGCGAGGCGAUUUCAUUGUCGAGUACGGCGUCUUCAACGCCAGCAGACGAUACGGCUACAACGACACCGUCACCAUAGCAACGCAGUGCACGGUCGAUUACCUACACCACCUCUCCGCCAUGAUGGUUCGAUGGGAGGGAUCCGUGUCGGUGGCAGUCUACGCGCCGUCACGUGACUACCACGUGGCGAAGCUCGCGAUCGCGCGCAUGCGCGAGUGCAGCGCCGCCAUCUUGGAACGCGCGACCUUCCACCUGUUCUACCACGACCAGUACCGCCCCCUAACGUCGCCGUCGCCGUCGUCGUCGUCCAGGCGGCGGCGCUGCGGCGAGGCGGUGGCGACGUCGUACGUGAGAGAGCGGCCGCUGCGCUACCCCAUCAGCGUGGCGCGAAACGUGGCGCGGGUCGGCGCCGACUCCCACUUCGUUCUCACCGUAGACAUCGAGUUCCUGCCGUCGGCCCGCCUUAUGUCCCGCUUCGUCGCGAUGGUUCGGGAGGAGGUGCGGCGGCAGGGAGAAGGUUACCUGAGGAGGAAGGUCGUCUACGCGAUACCCGUGUUCGAGGUGAAGCGCACGGUGACGUCGGCGCCGACGAGCAAGCGCCACCUGGUGAGACUGCUGGGGUCUGGAGAUGCGAUUGUCUUUCAUCAGCAUAAGUGUUGGGCGUGUCAGCGCAUACACGGCUUCGAGGCAUGGAUGCGGCUCAACUCAUCGCAGGUGCUGGAACCCUUUAUAUAA